AUAAUCUGAAUCGGCAAUCAUAAGCUCUAACUCCCAAAAGUAGUUUGAAAGUUUGCUCUUUUCAAUCAUUUCUGCAAAUCAAUAGAAUCUGAAAAAUGGGCACUUCUCAAAGCCGGGAAGAUCGCAUCACAGACUCAGAAUCCGAAGAAGACUAUGAAGAAGAAGAGGAGGAGGAGGAGGAGCAAUACGACGACGUUUCAGGCGAUCACCAAAACCCUCAAUCUUCUUCUUCUACUUCCUCUUCAGGUACUCACAAAAGCAUCGACGAUAUAGAUGUUAAACUCAAAUCCCUUAAGCUGAAAUAUAAUUCUCCUCAACAACAGCAAAAUCCUAAUCUCAAAAACCCAGUAAAGCUCUAUCUUCACAUAGGAGGAAACACCCCCAAAGCCAAAUGGGUAGUUUCUGAUAAACUCACUUCGUAUAAUUUCAUCAAGACAUCGAAAAUUAACGGUGAUGAUGAUGAGGAUGGUGAUGAAUCAGAUGGUGGAGGAGGAAAGGGGGAGUCUUGGUGGGUUUUGAAAGUGGGGUCUAAAGUUAGGGCUAGGGUUUCAACUGAAAUGCAAUUGAAAAUGUUUGGGGAUCAAAAAAGAGUUGACUUUGUUGAUAAAGCUGUUUGGGCUUUGAAGUUUUUAACUGAUGAAGGGUAUAGGAAUUUUGUGACCCAAUUUCAAAAUUGUUUGUUUGAGAAUGUUUAUGGCAUGGAAGCUAGUGAGGAGAAUAAGGUUAAGGCCUAUGGGAAGGAGUUUAUGGGGUGGUUGAAACCCGAGGCAGCAGAUGAUUCGAUGUGGGAAGAUGCAGAGGAUCAUAAUUUGGAUUCAACUCCUGUGAAAGGGAGCCAAGAAUUGAUGGAGGAGUUUGAGGAGGCGGCAAAUGGAGGUGUUCAGAGUUUGGCGUUAGGUGCAUUGGAUAAUAGUUUCCUGGUAAAUGAUUUGGGUGUUCAGGUUUACAGGAACUUUAACCGUGGGAUUCAUGGGAAAGGUAUUUGUGUUAAGUUUGAUGGUGGGAGUUAUAGGAGUGGGGGCAAUAUGGAAAAUUCAACCCCGAAAAAGGCUCUGCUGAUGAGAGCUGAGACUAAUAUGAUGCUUAUGAGUCCGGCGAAUGAAGGGAAGCCUAAUGCUACUGGGCUUAAGCAGGUUGAUAUAGAGACAGGGAAGAUUGUUACAGAAUGGAAGUUUGAGAAGGAUGGGACUGAUAUUACGAUGAGGGAUAUUACCAACGAUACCAAAGGGUCACAAUUGGAUCCAUCUGAAUCAACCUUUUUGGGCUUGGAUGAUAAUAGGUUGUGCCAAUGGGAUAUGAGAGAUAGGAAAGGGAUGGUCCAGAAUAUUGCCACAAGUGGUUCACCUGUAUUGCAUUGGACACAAGGGCAUCAGUUCUCAAGAGGGACGAAUUUUCAGUGCUUUGCAAGUACUGGUGAUGGAUCCAUUGUGGUUGGGUCGCUUGAUGGGAAGAUCAGGUUGUAUUCAAAGACCUCAAUGAGGCAGGCCAAGACUGCCUUCCCAGGACUUGGCUCGCCAAUAACUCAUGUAGAUGUUACCUAUGAUGGGAAGUGGGUGUUGGGCACAACUGAUACAUAUCUGAUUCUUAUUUGCACUCUUUUUACUGAUAAAGAUGGAAAGACAAAGACUGGAUUUAGUGGUAGAAUGGGGAAUAGGAUUCCGGCACCCAGAUUGUUGAAGUUGACUCCUUUGGAUUCGCAUCUUGCUGGGAACCAUAAUAAAUUUCAUGGUGGCCAUUUCUCAUGGGUCACUGAGAAUGGUAAACAAGAGCGUCACCUAGUUGCAACUGUGGGCAAGUUCAGUGUGAUAUGGGAUUUCCAGCAAGUGAAGAACAGUGCUCAUGAAUGCUAUCGGAAUCAGCAGGGCCUCAAGAGUUGUUAUUGCUACAAGAUUGUAUUGAAGGACGAGUCUAUUGUAGAGUCUCGAUUCAUGCAUGACAAGUUUGCUGUUAGUGACUCACCAGAAGCUCCGCUGGUUGUGGCAACUCCCAUGAAAGUCAGCUCGAUCAGCCUUUCUGGCAGACGAUGACAUUGCUCAACACCUUACUUCAGAUGCUUGUACUCCCAUCUGUUUGUAGGCUUGCUUCUACGGCAUUAAUAUGCUUUGUUUCUGUAUCUAAAUUUGUGUAAUUUUUUUCUUCUUUUUUAACCCCAUAGCAUACCAAAUCUUGGGUUUUUGUAUCUAUGAUUCUCAUUCUCUGGUUGAUACAUUUGCAAAUAGUUAUAGGCUUUAUAGUUGGUGAAAAGAGCUGGGAUUGAUUGUUCUUGCGCUUGUAAA